AUGGUCGGUCUCGGAUUCCUGGUCCUCGGUGGCAUCGGAGUCGCGUCGCAUGGGGCAGACUUUCCCUCGUUGCUCGUGGGCGAUAGCUUCCUCCUUGGCUUGGACUCCCGCACGCAGGCUCUGAAGGGGGACGACUCCGCAGCUGUGGCCUUGUCGUUGCUGGCACCGAAGCCGCUUCAGGCGGGAGGCAAAAAGAUAUCGUCAACCACGGAGGUCUAUCAUUUCGAUUUCGACGGCUUCGGAAGCGCCAAGAGCAAGUUGCUGCAGGAGUCAUACGUGAAGUUUCCGGGCAUGGCCUAUGUGCUGGUCGUGGAGCCCGACAUGCUCCCGAAGGGAGCUCCCUUCUCGCGCGAGCCGCUGAGGAGCCAGGAGCCUGUCUACGCGCUCCGGCGCGGAGGCAAGGAAUCGCUAGGGGAGCGACUCACGGACUGUGUCUUCCGCAAUGAUGGUAACUGGUACUUUCGCUUCCGGGUUCAUGAGACCCCGGUGUACCGCAACGCUGGAGAGCCUGGCCUCCCGGACGAGAUCAAGGAUACCGGCUGGUCCGUGCUGGAGCUCGAAGGAAGCUCUCGCGACAGGGCGUCGCGUCAGGAGCGAAUCCGAGAGGAGCUGAGACUGGUACGGCUGGAUCUCAAAGAUCAUCCUGGGCAUCCUCGUCUGAUGUACUAUCUCGGCGUGUUACAAUAUGACCUUGCCAUGGAGCUGAGCAAUGGAGGCUCCUCCAGCGAGGUCCGGCAGUUGGCUUCCGAGGCCCAGAAGACCCUCGCACGGCGCAGCCGCGACAGCGGGACGGAAGGGAGCCAGGAGGGGCGGCAGCAGCGGUCUGCCGCAGCUUACUUUUGCGCCCGCACCUACCUGGACCUGUUCAGCGACGAGAAGAAGGGGGAGAAGUGGCUGAAGCGAACCAUAAGCUUGGAGGCAGACUUCCUGUACGCGCGGGUGGCUUUGAUCCAGCUGCUAUUCCGGCAGCAGCGACAUCUCGAAGCGUACAACGAGGCGGUGGCUGGCGAGUCCCUGGAUCCUCCGAAGUUGCGACUGUUCAUGGACAGUGGCCCUCUGUAUGCUUGUGAUCUGCCGCUGCUCCUUAGCAAGGCCAUUUACUACAUGUACGCCGAUGCAGCCCUCAGACCCCGGCUCUUGCGCGAUGGCACGUGGCACCGCCGGAAGAUGCUCCUGGAGACCUGCACAGCACGAUGUCCCGCCGUAGCGGGUGACUCGCUUGCAAGGAAGAUGCAGGACAUCACCAAGCUGAAGGAAUUUUGGUCUUCAGAGCUCCGUGACGAACUCUGA